UUCUUUACCAUUUUCUUUUGUUUCUUCUUCUUCACCGCCUCCUUCAAUUCACUCGAUUCCAACCGUUUCUAGGUUUUGAUCGAUUCUUCUCCUGAUACCGAUCCGCGUGUUUAUCUCUAGCAUCCUUCUUGGGAUUUCUUUGUCACAUGUUGGGAUUGUGUAAUCUAUAGCUUCAUCGACUAGUGGGAUGGCAAAGAACCUCGUAUUCUUCAUCAACAAGUUGCAUUUGGCUCAGAAAAGCUCCAACUGUUGUCGAAUAACCAAUAUGCUGUUUAGCAUGGGAGCUAUGCAUGAUUUGUGGAUGCCUGUAACUGAUACAUAGUUCUAGAAUAUCAUAUUCUGGUAGAUAUAGAAGUAUGCAAUGGUGUUGGAGGGAUUUGCAGGGAUCUGGUGUCUUAACCUUAUACAGACCUGAGUAGGGAAAUUUCGGAGUAGAUAUAGAGAAUCACCGGAGAAGGCGUAAGAAAAAAACGACUGUGGGUGUGAUGGGUCUACCACAUGCUGCUUCGGACGAAGCUUUGUCUGCUUCAAGUCACAGCCUUUCACAAAGUCUGCCCGCUUUUGCCACUGCCCAUGACUCCAGUGGCCUUAAUCGGGGAACUGAUGGUAGCCUCUGCUCCUCUAUUGGUGAAUUUGAUUGGAAAACAAUGUUGAACCCUCCAGAAUUCUUAGAAGAAGAUUCAAAAAGAUGUAAUGGAGCUCGGGAUGUUAUCUCAUCAGCUGCUGAUGGAUCAAUCAUCUACUCAGUUGAUAAGACUAAUUGGAGUCGGACUGCGAUCAGAAGGAUAGUCGGUUUUGAAGCAAAUAGAACUACUUCAGCAAGUAAUGAAUGUGUGGGCGCUGCUGCAGGUCACACUGACCUGUCUAACAACGAAUUUAAUGAAGUAGAGGCAGGUGGACCAGUAGUCAAGAAACGAGUGCUGUCUCCUAUGAAUAUGCUCUUCCCCGAGAGAUUCAGAGGUGAACUGCUUGAUAUCAGUUGUAGCGAUCAACAAACAACUUCUGGUAGUCUGACUAAUGGUUUCUGUGUUACUGCCACACAAGAUCACAAGAAAGCAAAUAUCACUGGCAGAUUACGUCUCUCCACUGCACCUGCCACACUGGCCACUUCGAGCUGCUGGGAAUGGAGGGGCACUUCAGCAAACAGCAGUAGACUCUCUUCUAUGAUUUUCACUGACGGUCCAUUGCUAGAUGCCCAGGAGCCUCCAUCCACAAAAGGUGCGAUUUGCUUGUAUUCACCUGCUUUUGAAAUAUCUGGCAGACCCAACACGCCAUUGCAGUGUGAUAAAGAAGUAUCUGUCUCUCCUCCGCUUUCUCUGUCACCACUUGGCCCGAGAUUUUCAGAGAUAACAAAAGUUCCACGAGGGUGCCAAAAUGGGAAGAUACUGAAAGAUGAUCAAUGGGCAAGGAAUGUCGAAGAAGCAGAACUCAGGAUUGAUCGAAGCUUGUUUGAAGAUGGUAAUGCAUUUCAGAGAACCUUUUCAAUGGAGAGAACUAUUGAAUCAGCUCCUACAUCUCCACAUAGAAGGUUCGGUAGAAGCUUGAGUGGACGCCCCAUUCAGAGGUCCUUGGUUGGUUCUUUCGAAGAGUCACUUUUAUCGGGAAGAUUGUCCUAUGGGCAGGCUAAUCAGAGAAUCGAUGGUUUUCUGGCCGUACUAAGUAUUGCUGGGGGAAACUUCUCUCCAAAAUCACAGAAGCUGCCUUUCUCAGUAGCUAGUGUUGAUGGUGACUGCUUCUUACUGUACUUUGCCUCCAUUGAUCUUGCUGGAGGAUCUCCUUCAAAUAAAUUCUGGUGUCAGAAAGGGAGACAAAUUCAGAACAACUCUGAUUCUCAGAGUAUCAAGAGCCGGUUGCAGAUCCCCAUGAAGGGUCGUAUACAAUUGGUUCUGAGUAACCCAGAGAAGACACCACUCCACACUUUCCUCUGUAACUAUGACUUGACCGACAUGCCAUCUGGUACAAAGACGUUCCUGCGCCAAAAGGUUACUCUGGACUCAUCUGUCCCAAGUAGCAGGGCAAAGCAGAAUACAAGAGACAGAAGUGCAGACCACACUCUCGGUGCUAAAGUUAGUGAAGCACCGAGACCGGGUUCAGUGGAUGGCCAUGGGAAAUUGGAUGAUAUCCAUUUGACAGAACAUGAGAAUGGCUGUGGGAAUAGCCGGGGCCAUGGAACAGGGCAGAGCUGUUCAAAGGCCAAGGAAUGCAAUAGCGGCUCCGGUGCUCUACGCUAUGCUCUCCAUCUGAGAUUUAUUUGCCCACUACCAAAGAAAGCUUCAAAGUCGGCCCGGAAAUGCAAAUCUGAUGAAGCUGCAACUCUGCCGCAAAAGAAAAGCUUGGACGCAGAGGAGGAGAGGAAAUUCUACUUGUACAAUGACUUGAGAGUUGUGUUUCCUCAACGCCAUACAGAUUCUGAUGAAGGAAAGUUGAAAGUGGAGUACCAUUACCCAGAAAACCCAAGAUACUUCAGCAUCACCAACUGAAAGCCGUGCCUUCUCUCUUUUUUUCUCUUCUUCAUUUCCAAGAAUAAAUGUAUGAAUGAGCCUUUGUACAUAAAUAUCUUCAUCUGAAGCCAUCUUCUUCAAGGUACAGAGAAAUGGCUCUGACCCACCACUCUUGUACAGAUUUUGAUUUGGUUAUGAACAUGAAAUUUCAUUCGUUAUGCUGUUA